AUCGACGUUUAUCGAAGUUGUAACUUCUUUGAAAAAUACAGAAAAAAAUAGAGAUUUUCUAAGAGGAAAAAUGGUACGAAUCACUAUUGAUCUGAUACGUAAACGUUCAGAGCAUAACGAGGGCGAGAUAUCAACUUUGGAAGAAAUAUCGUUGCAUCAGGAAAACAUCGACAAGAUCGAGCUUUUAGACAAAGUUUGUCGAAACUUAAAAAUAUUACUUCUGCAAUACAACAUCAUACCCAAGAUCGAAAAUCUCAAUAUGUUAAAGAGAUUGGAAUACUUGAAUCUCGCAUUGAACAAUAUCGAAGUUAUCGAGAAUUUACAGGGUCUCGAAAGUUUGAAGAAGCUGGAUCUUACGAUAAACUUUAUCGGUGAUUUAAGAAGCGUCAAAACUUUAAGAUAUAACGAGAAUUUGGAACAGUUGAUGCUGACGGGAAAUCCUUGUACGGAUUACGAGGGAUACAGGAAGUAUGUAAUUUCAACAUUGCCACAGCUUAAAGAGCUCGACAUGGUUGAAAUUCUACGAUCUGAACGAAUAAAGGCUUUGCAAGUAUACGCUCGAGCAAAGGGAGACGUUAUCAGAGGUUAUGAGAAUUAUAAAAAGAUAAGAGAGGCUCAGAUAAAACAAUUUCGCGAGAAAGAAGAAUUAAAAAUCACGGAAAUAAAGGAGAACGAAGAUGAGGACGCGGAAAAUGAAAGAUUUUGGAAACAAAAGAGUUAUCACACGCCGGAAGAUCGAAUUGCGAUCGUGCAACAUUCGUUAAAAGCGGAAGAGAAGAAACAUGGAAUUUCGGAUGAAACGAAAAAACAAAAAUUCGUGCCGAAAUUGUUCAGUCCAUGUGGCAAGCCUUAUAACAUGAAUCAUCCGAAAGUACCGUUUAUAUUAAACGACGAGGACGAUCGGGAUAACGUGAUCUUGGACGUUGGAGUUUACAGGUACCUCGACACGUCUUACAUAGACGUCGACAUUCAACCAACAUACGUGAGGGUGACGAUAAAGGGUAAAAUUUUGCAACUAACUCUACCUUGCGAGAUUCUCGUCGAUAAGAGUAGUGCAAAACGGAACGUAACAACCGGUAGUUUGGUUAUAACGAUGCCUCGUUUACAUCCUUCAAUGACGUUACACGGAACCUCGAUUACCUCAAGGACCACGAAAAAUGAAAAUCCUACGAAGAAAGAUAAUGCUGUGAUCAGCAUAAAGAAUCAAAUAUUCACGUCUACGCGAGAAUUUCUCGAGAUCGGGCCACCGAGAAUCGACGAGCUUGAUUUUUCUAAGAUAUUUGAAAAUUCGAGGAAGAAAGUUAAUAGAAAGCUAACGGUUGAUCAAAUCAAAGAGAAAGUCAUACCCAACGAUUUUAUCGAUAAUCCUGAGGUCCCACCGCUCGAAUGACGAAGAAAAUUCUUUUACGAUUGACAAUUGAAUUAAUUGUUUCGUUAGAUUAGAUUUGAUGGUUAAGUUAAAUACUCACUUUGAA